AUGGGAAUUUAUACUCGGCUGUUCAAAGUGGAAUUCGGAAUUUACGCAUUUCUUUUUAUCACCCAUAUUCCGAUACUACAAGGAGAAGAACAAUCUGAAUGUCCAAGCUUAACAGAGAAUCCAAUUUGUCCUUGUUACAAUUUUAAAGAAGGAUUAUUCCUUGAGUGUCCAAGUGCAACUCCCGCUGUUGUUAAAAAUGUUUUAUCGAAGAUAAAAGGCACUAUUCAGUCUCUUUCAAUUUAUGACUUAGAGGGCUCCAUAACGGAGUUAAACCCGGAUGAACUUAAUUUAAAAGGCAACAUGUUUUCCGAAUUUCCGCAUGUAGCUCUCUUCAACGUAUCAUCAUUAGAAAUAUUAGAUUUAUCCCUAAAUCAAUUACAGAGUAUCGAUUUUUUUAAAUUUGUAGGUCUGCAAAAUUUAAGAACAUUAAAUCUAUGCAAAAAUCGAAUAUCAAUUUUAAAUGGUUUCAACUCUCCCGCAUUGAAGAAUCUUGUAACAUUAAAUUUAAAUACCAAUAUGUUAACAGUUCUCCCACCAAAUUUUUUCCAAUAUUCGUUGGGUAUAAAAGAAAUUGAUUUGUCUCACAAUCUUUUUAAGCACAUUCCAAGUAAUGGUCUUUCUGAAACUGUGUUACCAGUACUUACUACUUUAAACAUGUCAUCUAAUUCACUAGUUCAGUUACUACCAACAUAUCCAUUAAAACAAUUCCCACUACUUGAGGAGUUAAUUGUAACUAACACUAAUUUGACUAUAAUAACAAGUAAGGAUUUUGAAAACUUUCCAUCGUUGAAGAAGCUGAUAUUAAUGCAAAAUAACAUUAUUCGAUUAUCUCCUGGUGCAUUUUCAAAGCAACAUGUUUUGGAUAUUCUGGAUUUAAGUCAAAAUAAACUAGAAAAUAUUCCUCGAGAAAGACUUCAAGGCUUAUAUUCAGUACGCAUAUUAAAUAUCUCUCAAAAUAUAUUAAAGGAGCUUGAAGAAUUUACGCCUGACUUACAAAAUUUGCAAAAGUUAGAUAUUGCAUUCAAUCAUAUAACAAGAAUAACAAGAGAUAACUUUCGGAAUCUUCAAAGUCUCUUGGAAUUAAAUUUAAGUGGAAAUUGGUUAUCAGCUGUAUCAUCAGAUGCGUUCCUAAACUUGCACAAGGUUACACAUAUAGACUUUAGCAAAAAUUAUAUUGAAACCAUCCCAAUGAAAAUGUUGAUGGGAUUAGAGACUCAAAUAAAAUCUUUACUCUUUGAAGAAAAUCCUCUUAUAUGUAAUUGUGAAUCCCAAGAGCAAUGGAAAUGGAUGCAGGAACACCUUAAAAUUAUUCGAAGGGGUAGCAAAAAUUUAUUUUGUGAACAUCCUGAUGAACUUCAAGGAUAUCGUUUUACAGAAUUGACACCACAGAAACUGUGUGAUGUGCCCAUCGUGAUUCGAGUUGCCAUACAAGAUAUACAAACAUACUCUGUAAUAGUUUCGUGGCAAAGCCGCAAUCAAACCGGUUUGAAUGGAUUUCAAGUAGCUUAUUUCGGGGAACAAAACCCAAAGAACAUACGAGGCAAAAUCCUUAAUAAUACUGCGCGUUCGACAAGAUUGAAUCAUUUAACACCAGGAACGCGUUAUAAUAUUUGCGUUGUAGCCAUUGGAAAUUUUGGACUCUCUACAGACUCGACGAUACCCGACGCAAGAGUUGCACUACCAAAAGAAAGUUUAAACGUUACUUUGUUUGGAGAUGAACAACAAAUUAAUUAUUUACGGAAUGCAAUGAACGAUUCGUUAACAACAAAAUGUACAAGUGUCCGUACAAUUGAAAUUUUCGGGACAUCUUUGGAUAGCCCAUUUUCAAAUACUUAUUUAGGAAUUGCUGAUAUAUUAACUAGAAGAUUAAGUUUAGUAGUUGGUUGCUGUAUAGGUUUCAUAGUAUUCGUUGUAUUGGUGUCGGCAUUGGGAUACAUAAAAACAAAAAAACGUCCAGUUACCAUUAAAUCAGAAGUUCAACAAACUCCACAAUAUAUUUCUUACGAUAAUUUUUCUUCUCCUAAUUCUGAUGCUCAAACCACAGAAAUGGAUUUAAAUACAAUAACAGAUAAAGCAAAAUCUUAUAUAAAGAAACCUUAG